AUGAGGGGUUUCUCUUAUUUGGCAGUGGUAGCCGUUGUGUCUAUAGCAUCGGCGGCUAUUGUGCCUUUACACCUGAUGCAUGCACUUUCAGCCACACUUGCUGAUGAAGAACCGUCAAAUAACGACAACAUCUUUGAUUGGGCUCUUGCUUUUUUGGCAGGUUUUAUGGGUGCAACACCUACUGCUACUGUUUAUCAAUACUCGGGUACCGCAACUUUGUCGACUACAGCAAACGUUCUCACCACAUCCGCGGGAUUUCCAUCAAAGGCUUCCGAUGGGUCGACGGCCACCCCUUCGCCAAAGGUGGCUAGUUCUUCCUCGGAGAUGACAAAGUCUACUACGAGAGCGUCUACGACGAAUCCCGCGGCCGCAAAUACUUUCGCAACAAGUGUAAAGACUCCAUUGCCGGAUCCGACCACCCAAUCGACGAGUGCCAGUGCUCUGACUUCAUCUUCAAUACCUCAAAAAGGCCAUUUGCUCGCUACUAAAACCUGUCCAGUCCCUACCAGCCAGUCACAGGAGACCUACUGGCUUGACGAGCAGGAUCACAACGAACAAGGAGCAGGAUUGGCUCCCUACGCCAAAUCAUCGUUGUAUCCGGUGUAUCGCAAUGUGAUGGAUUACUCGGUCGUCAAUGAUGGUACUGGCAAUCAAACCCCGAAACUACAGAAGGCCAUAGACGAUGAUGGCGUGGGUGGCAGUCGCAAGGGCCAAGGUGUCACGCGUUAUCCUGCACAGGUCUACCUUCCAGGCGGCGUGUACCAGCUUGAAAGCACUCUCAAGCUGACUGUGGGUACAAUAAUUGUUGGCAAUCCGUUGAACCCGCCCAUCAUCAAGGCUGGGCCGGGAUUCCGUGGUGACUAUCUCAUCAUGGGGUACGAUUCACACAACGGUAAUCCGGAAACCAGCUUUGCAACGCUUGUCAAGAAUGUAGUUCUAGAUACGACCGCCCUCCAGCCGGAGCGCCACUUCACUGCUCUUCAAUGGGGCGUUGCCCAAGGGUCGGGCUUGACAAAUGUCAAGAUUCGCAUGCCGAAAUCUUCCACGGGCCACACCGGAAUCGAUAUCAACGCCGGAUCAACAAUUGCUGUUACAGAUGUGCAUAUUAUGGGUGGUGUUAUUGGGAUCAAGAACUCCAACCAACAAGUCAACUUCAAGAAAAUCUAUUUCGAAGGUUGCAGAACAGCUUUCUCCGCGGCAGGUGGGUGGACGGUGCUGCUUCAACAGGCAACCUUUGAUCGCUGCGGCACUGGUAUCGAUAUGACUGGCAACGGAUUGGGUAGUCUAGUACUUCUAGAUUCCACUUCCACCAACACAGGGCCAGUAAUCAGAUUCUAUGACUCGUCCCAUGAUUCCGGAAACCAAAAUAGCCAGUUCCUCAUUCAGAACCUCAAGCAUGAUACUUCGAACGCUAUCGCCGUCGACGCUCAAGGCAAGGUAGUGCUGGCAGCUACCUCUUAUAUCGAUACAUGGGUCUGGGGUACUGUCGUGCCACAAACUUAUCAAGCUGGGGCGAGCUCGCAGACAAAGCGCCCGGCACCCCUGCUGGUUGGAGACAAAUACUUUACAAAGGCCCAGCCUACCUAUCAAGACUACAGCACAGCAAAUAUUGUCAAUGUGAAGACCGUAUCUGGACACACGGUGAAAGGUGACGGUAAGACUGACGACACCAAAAGUCUGAACGCUAUCCUGGCUCAAAAUGCCGAUUCGUGCAAGAUCACAUACAUCCCCUUCGGUGUAUAUCGAGUCUCAGACACUCUCUUUGUCCCGGUCGGAACCCGCAUUGUCGGAGAAGCAUGGCCCGUCAUUUCCGGAUAUGGCGAGAAUUUCAAGAAUUCUAACAAUCCAAGACCCGUCGUUCAACUUGGCGAUUCCGGCGACGUCGGUGUGAUUGAAAUUCAGGACAUGCGAUUCUCCGUUGGCGAAGUCCUCCCGGGAGCCAAGAUCAUUGAAAUCAAUGCUGCAGGUGAUCAGCCUGGCGAUGUCGGUCUUUGGAACACGAUGGCGACGGUCGGCGGCACCGCUGACACUAGUAUCUCCAGUACUUGCACGUCACAAGACACCAAGGAUUGCAUGGCAGCAUUUAUGGUAAUGCAUUUGACCGAAAGCUCGUCCGCAUAUAUUGAGAAUUUCUGGGGAUGGACUGCCGAUCACAAUCUUGAUAGCAAGUCAUCUCUCACUAUUAUCUCAACUGGCCGUGGAAUCUUGGUCGAAUCCAUCAAGGGUACCUGGCUGACGGGAACCGGUUCUGAGCAUCACUGGCUAUACAACUAUAACUUCCACAAUGCUCAGAACGUCUUCGCGGGUCUUCUACAAACAGAAACACCGUAUAUGCAAGGUCGGGGUGAGUAUCAGGCAGCGCCAGCGCCUUGGACAGCCGUAGCCAAAUAUGGCGACCCUGAUUUCUCGUGGUGUGCUGCAAACGACCAAAAGUGUCGAACUGCGCUAGCUACAAAUGUCGACGGCGGGUCCAACAUUGCGCUCUACAACUCAGCGGCCUGGGCCUUCUUUGACGGGUACUGGAAUGGUCUGUAUAAUGAACCUUGCAACGGGAAUUGCCAAACCAACAUGAUGCGGGUGACAAAUGAUCCUCAAAACCUGGUUUGGUACUCGAUCAGCACGCGCAUGACAGACGUGAUGGUGUUUGAUGGGAAGAGCAAUCCCCAUGCAUCGGACCAUAAAGGCGGGUGGGAAUCCAUCAUUCAGGUUUAUGGCCAGUUUAUAGCGUGA